AGACGCCUGGUAUUUAAAGAGGAGCAACCAGCGAGAAGAAGAAAGAGAAAGUCGGCUACCAAACACCAAAACUGAAAAUACUCUGUCCCAAUAGAACAAAAGGCAAAACUACGGUUCGGAAAUUCUUCAAGCUUUCGGCUUGUUUCGAUCCACUGCUAUGAAGUUUAAACAUCAGAGUCAGAAGACGGGUUUAAGGUCUGAAAGCUUGAGAUUGUUUUCCAAUGGCAUUAAUGCUGGAGACAUCGGGUCAUGAAAAUAUACUAGCUCUUACAGAGCAAGUGAUCCUGCAGUUUGGUGAAGUUUUGAAUGCAUUAAGGAUGGUGAAUAAAGAAGGGAUUACUCAAAUUGAUCCUCUGAUCAUCACUCAAGCUUCAUUGCAGAGUUCUGUGCCAGUUGAAUCUUCAUCUAUCGAUGUUGUUGUGGUCAUCAGCAAGUCAUCUGAGUUUCCAAAUGAUGCGUUGUUUCUGGAGAUCUCAAGAAUUUUAAUGCCUGGUGGAACAGUGCUGGUGCACCUGACUUCCCAAUCUACUCCUUUGCAAGAGACAAAGUCUUCCCUUGAGCGCAAGUUAUUGUUGGCAGGACUUUUGGAUGUAAAAUCAUCUGAAGCUGGUCAGUCUAUUGGGAUUUCGGGUAAAAAGUCUUCUUGGAAGAUUGGUUCAUCCUUUUCUCUAAAGAAACAAACAAAAAGUUUACCUGCAGUCCAGAUUGGUGAUGAUACGGACUUGAUAGAUGAGGACACCCUGCUAAGUGAAGAGGAUUUGAAGAAACCACAGCUGCCUGUGGGUGAUUGUGAAGUUGGAAAAACUAGGAAAGCAUGCAAAAAUUGCACUUGUGGGCGGGCUGAAGCGGAAGAGAAAGUGAAGUUGGGACUUACUAUGGACCAGCUGAACAAUCCUCAGUCUGCCUGUGGCAGUUGUGGUCUAGGUGAUGCUUUCCGCUGCAGUACAUGUCCCUACAAGGGUCUUCCUCCAUUCAAGAUGGGUGAAAAGGUUACUUUAUCUCAGAACUUUCUUGCAGCUGACAUUUAAAUGUCAAGAAAUUGAGGCGCAUCUUUCCACUGCUUAGAUGUUGAUAGCUCUGCGGUUACCUUUUGUUGAGGCUAAUUUUUGUACAUGUUGUUGAAACUAUAGAGAGAGAUUAAGCCUUGAGGUGGCUUGUUUGGGCAAUUUAUUCAUAGUUCUGGUGAUGCGACAUUUUGCUAGAAAACCCAAAAAAUACUUCUACCAGAGUACCUUUUAAGUUUUUUUUAAUAAUAUUCUUUGGCUUCAUUUAA